UGGGGCUGGAGGGGCCGGAGCAUCAGCGUGAGUAGCUGCGAGCAGCCGCGGCGGCGGCGGCGCGUUGUUGCAGUUGCGCCAUCUGUCAGGAGCGGAGCCGGCGGGGAGGGGGCUGCCGCGGGAGAGGAGGAGGGGUCGUCGUGACCAAAGGCCGCCGAGACCCGCCCGCCGGCCGGCCGCGAAAGCAGUGGCAGGCUGCCCUCCGAGCCGCGCGUCCUCUUCCGUCCGGGCGCGCGGCGCUUCAGCCAGCGCACCGAGAGCUCUCCGGGCGCACACAAAGCCGCCGCCCGCGCCGCACCGCCCGGCGGCCGCCGAUCGUGCCAGAGAAGGAUCGGGCCGCCGGGCCGGGGAUACCCGGCGCCGCCCCCUCGGCGCUCUCGGAAGGCCCACCGGCUCCCGGGCCCACCGAGGAGCCAGCGGAGUCGCCUCGGUCGCGCCGGUGGAGGGCGGGGAGAAGACCAUGUGAAUGGGCUCCGGAGCCUGAGCGCCGCGCAGUUUUUUGAAGAAGCAGGAUGCUGAUCUAGACGUGGAAAAAGUGCCCUGGGUUCCCAUGAAAGGCUGGACUUAAGCAUGUCUCACUCGCCACCCGUGGGAUCCUAUUCUGCCCUGGUCUCCACGGCCCAGUCACAUUGCCUUGGAGGACCGGUCCAGCAGCUGUAGAAGAAGACAUGCGGUGUAUAUAAAGUUUGUAAUAGUUGGGGGAAAUUUUGGAAUUUAGAUAAUGGGCUGUGUGCAAUGUAAGGAUAAAGAAGCAACAAAACUGACGGAGGAGAGGGACGGCAGCCUGACCCAGAGCUCCGGGUACCGCUAUGGCACAGACCCCACCCCGCAGCACUACCCCAGCUUCGGCGUGACCUCCAUCCCAAACUACAACAACUUCCACGCAGCCGCAGGCCAAGGACUCACCGUCUUCGGGGGUGUGAACUCUUCGUCUCAUACCGGGACCUUGCGUACCAGGGGAGGAACGGGAGUGACCCUGUUUGUAGCCCUUUAUGAUUAUGAAGCACGGACGGAAGAUGACCUGAGUUUUCACAAAGGAGAGAAAUUCCAAAUACUGAACAGCUCGGAAGGAGACUGGUGGGAAGCCCGCUCCUUGACAACCGGAGAGACUGGUUACAUUCCCAGCAAUUACGUGGCUCCCGUUGACUCUAUCCAGGCAGAAGAGUGGUACUUUGGAAAACUUGGCCGAAAAGAUGCUGAGCGACAGCUUUUGUCCUUUGGAAACCCGAGAGGUACCUUUCUUAUCCGUGAAAGUGAAACCACCAAAGGUGCCUAUUCACUGUCAAUCCGAGACUGGGACGACAUGAAAGGAGACCACGUCAAACAUUAUAAAAUUCGCAAACUUGACAAUGGUGGAUACUAUAUUACCACCCGGGCCCAGUUUGAAACACUUCAGCAGCUUGUACAACAUUACUCAGAGAGAGCCGCGGGUCUCUGCUGCCGCCUAGUAGUUCCCUGUCACAAAGGGAUGCCAAGGCUUACCGAUCUGUCUGUCAAAACCAAAGAUGUCUGGGAAAUCCCACGAGAAUCCCUACAGUUGAUCAAGAGACUGGGAAAUGGGCAGUUUGGGGAAGUAUGGAUGGGUACCUGGAACGGAAACACAAAAGUAGCCAUAAAGACACUUAAACCAGGCACAAUGUCCCCAGAGUCAUUCCUUGAGGAGGCACAGAUCAUGAAGAAGUUGAAACACGACAAGCUGGUCCAGCUCUACGCCGUGGUGUCUGAGGAGCCUAUCUACAUUGUCACCGAGUACAUGAACAAAGGAAGUCUACUUGAUUUCUUAAAAGAUGGGGAAGGAAGAGCUCUGAAAUUACCAAACCUUGUGGAUAUGGCAGCACAGGUUGCUGCAGGAAUGGCUUACAUCGAGCGCAUGAAUUAUAUCCACAGGGAUCUGCGAUCAGCAAACAUUCUAGUGGGGAAUGGACUCAUAUGCAAGAUUGCUGACUUUGGAUUGGCCAGAUUGAUCGAAGACAAUGAGUACACAGCAAGACAAGGUGCAAAGUUCCCCAUUAAGUGGACAGCCCCAGAAGCAGCCCUGUAUGGGAGGUUCACAAUCAAGUCUGACGUGUGGUCUUUUGGAAUCUUACUCACAGAGCUGGUCACCAAAGGAAGAGUGCCGUACCCAGGCAUGAACAACCGGGAGGUGCUGGAGCAGGUGGAGCGCGGCUACCGGAUGCCCUGCCCGCAGGACUGCCCCAUCUCUCUCCACGAGCUCAUGAUCCACUGCUGGAAAAAGGACCCGGAAGAGCGGCCCACCUUCGAGUACUUGCAGGGCUUCCUGGAAGACUACUUCACCGCCACAGAGCCCCAGUACCAGCCCGGUGAAAACCUGUGAGGCCGGGGUCCGCAGAGAGAGGCCUUCUCGGCGAGGCUUCCCCGCCCCCUCCCCAUUAGCUUUCAGUUCCGUAGCCAGCUGCGCGAGCAGUGCGAGCCGUCCCGGAUCAGAUUGCAUGUGACUCUGAAGCUGACGAACUUCCAUGGCCCUCAUUAAUGACACUUGUCCCCCAAAUCCGAACCUCCUCUGUGAAGCAUACGAGACAGAACCUUGUUAUUUCUCAGACUUUUGGAAAAUGCAUUGUAUCGAUGUGAUGUAAAAGGCCAAACCUCUGUUCAAUGUAAAUAGUUACUCCAGUGCCAACGACCCUAGUGCUUUCCUUUUUUUAAAAUGCAAAUCCUAUGUGAUUUUAACUGUCUUCACCUGAUUCAACUAAAAAAAAAAAAGUAUUAUUUUCCAAAAGUGGCCUCUUUGUCUAAAACAAUAAAAUUUUUUUUCAUGUUUUAACAAAAACCAAUCAGGACAGGUGUUUGGUUUUUUUUUCUUUUUUAUAAUAUGAAUAUAUAUCAUAUAUAUGUCCCUGUACAUACACCAUGUGGGUGCUAACGUGGAGACCAUGGCCCACCUGGGCCAUAAAGCCUCGGGACCCAGAGUGAGGAUUUUACUGCCAAAUCAGCAUAAAAGCACUGGUAUCAUUCUGCAAACCAGUGGCCUCCUUUUUGGCUUUUGCAAAGCAUGAUCCUUUUUCUUUUUUCUUUCUUUUCUUUUUUUUUUUUUUUAAUUUGGAUUGCACUUUUUUGGUUCAUGAUUGUACCUGUAGAUGGCUGUUCCUUUGACUCUUUCCAAGCAGCCCCAGAGCUGAAUUCACAAGUUCUGUUUCCAGUAUUUGCUUUGUCUUAACUGCGAUCUGUUCUCGAAGCCUAAAAGCAUAUUGAAGCAAGCAAAUGGCCAAUAACUACCAGGGGAACUGGAAGAUGGAUACCACACAUACUUCUUGUAUAAAAAUAUGAAUGCUGAAAUGUUUCAAACUUUUUUUAUUUAAUAAACCUUGUAACCACAUUUAAAUGGUCUAAAACCCAUAGCAUUAGAAUCAUGGCGACCUGCUAAACUUUCUCAUGCAACUAAAAUUUCUGAGGGUGGGGGUUGGACAUUUCCCAUUGUAAAAUAAGUGUUUUAAACGUUCUGUACUGCUAAUGAAAUGACUUUCUCUAUGUCCAAGAAGUCUCCAGUGGAAUAACUAUGCACUACUUUACAUUUCAUGGGGAUGCACCAAAAAAA